AUGUUCAAGCACCGUCACCUUCACUCGACCAUGAGUUCACCAUUCAAAAACAUCCUCAUUGUCGGGGCUACAGGGUCUAUCGGCGGUAUUAUGCUUGACGCUCUAGUCAAGGAACCCUCGUUCAAUGUCACAGCUCUGCAACGCUCAUCGUCCAAAGGAAAGCUUCCAUCAAACGUCCGCGUCAUCACCAUUGACGAUUCAUACCCUUCCGAAGCACUUGUUUCAGCAUUCUCUGGCCAAGAUGCCAUAAUCAACUGCAUGACUUCCCUUGCCGUCAGUGAUCAGCUCCGUUUCGUUGACGCUGCAGUCGACGCCAAAGUCAGACGCUACGUUGCUUCUGAGUAUGGUCUCAAUAACAACAGGCCUGAGGCAAGAGCACUCAACUCAGUCUUCCGUGAGAAAGGCGAAGUCCAAGACUAUCUCAGAUCCAAAGAGUCUACAGGCUUGGAAUGGAUGGCUAUUGCUUGUGGCAUGUGGAUCAAGUGGAGUGCACUCCAUGACUUUUUGGGAAUGCACAUCAAAGAGAAGAAGUUCGUGGUCUGGGACGAUGGCGAAGGCUGGUUCAGCACGACGACUGAAGACAACACGGCUCUUGCCAUGGUUAAUGCUUUGACCAAGAAGUGGGAAGACACAAAGAACAAGAUUGUCUGGUUGAGUGAGUUUGCCAUCACACAGAACAUGUUGCUUGAGGCCAUUGAGCAUCUGAGUGGAGAGAAGUUCACUAUCGAAAAGGUCAACACUGAUGAGCUCAUCAAGGAGAAGCAGGCUGCGGUCGCAUCCGGCGACCCGUAUGCUGUAUACUCCUUGAUUGAGACUGGAUUUGUUACUGGGAGGUUUGGAGGUCAUCUGGAGAAGGAAGGCCAAAUCAUGAAUGGCGUCUUGGGUCUGCCUAAGAAGAACCUUGAUGAGGUUGUUAAAGCCGCCUUGAAGGCUGUUUCUGAGUCUUGA